AUGUCCGAGAAAUUGCCCCUCGCCCACCCGGCGCCGGCGCACGCUCCUCCUGCCCCGCGCCGCGCACGUCGGGCCGCGUGGUGGUCACUCAUCCCCGCCGCCCUCGUCUUGGCAUACUUCCAUGCGCCGUCCUCCUUCGGCCUCGGCCUCGGUCACGGGCAUCAUCGCCAGGGCUCUUCUCCUUCGGCGGCCGGCGGGGGUUGUCACCAGGUCGACCCUCUCUUCCCGACCCUGAACUCGACCGGCCUCUCGCAGCUGGAGUCGUACCUCGACAGCCCCAAGUUCCGCAAUGAGACCGUCGCCCGCCUCGCCGGCGCCAUUCAGAUCCCCACCGAGUCCUUUGACAACUACGGCGCCGUCGGAGCCGACGACCGCUGGGACAAGCUCUUCGCCUUCUCGGCCUACCUCGCAAAGACCUUCCCCAAGGUCCACGCCGCCCUCAAGCUCGAGCGCGUCAACACCCACGGCCUCCUCUACACUUGGCAGGGGUCCGACGCCGACUUGAAGCCCACCGUGCUCAUGGCCCACCAGGACACCGUCCCCGUCGCGCCCACCACCAUCGAUAGCUGGACGCACCCGCCCUUCAGUGGCACCUACGAUGGCACCUACGUCUGGGGCCGCGGCGCCAUGGACUGCAAGAACUCCCUCAUCGGCAUCCUCGAGUCCGUCGAGCUGCUCCUCGACGCCGGCUUCGCCCCCAAGCGCACCCUCGUGCUGUCCUUUGGCUUCGACGAGGAGAUCUCGGGCGAGCGCGGCGCCGGCCACCUCGCCUCCUUCCUGCUGGACCGCUACGGCAAGGACGGCGCCGCUGUCAUCGUCGACGAGGGCGCCGGCUUCGACACCCAGUGGGGCAAGAAUUUUGCCAUCCCCGGCACCGCCGAAAAGGGCUACAUCGACGUCGAGAUCGUCGUCCGCACUCCCGGCGGCCACAGCUCCAUCCCGCCGCCCCACACGGGCAUCGGCAUCCUGGCGGAGCUCGUCACGCUCAUCGAGGCGAACCCUUACAGCCCCGAGCUGAUCCCCGGCAACCCCUACCUUGAGAAGCUGCAGUGCGGCGCCGCCUACGCCCCAGAGUUCCCCGACAAUCUUCGUGACCUCCUGCCCGCCGCCGACGCCAAGCAGGUGUGCAAGAAGAAGACGGACCGCCUGGCCGAGGAGGCCGCCAAGGCCGGACCCCAGAUCAAGUACCUCUUCACGACCUCGGUGGCCACCGACAUCAUCGAGGGCGGCGUCAAGAUCAACGCGCUGCCCGAGCGCGUCCGCGUCGUCGUGAAUCACCGCGUCAACGUCGGGGACAAGACGGCGAGCGUCAAGCAGAGGCUCGCCGACAUUGUGCGCCCCGUCGCCGAAAAGUACAACCUCACCCUGCACGCCUUCGAGGAGGGCGGCCAGACCGAGACGCCCUCGAGCAUCACGCUCACGGGCAACGACAAGCUGCUGGAGCCCGCGCCCGUGACGCCCACCGAGGUCGACGGCGUCACGCCGUACAGCGUCCUCUCCGGCACCACGCGCGCUCUGUACGGCGAGUCCCUCAUCGUCUCGCCGGGCCUCAUGACAGGCAACACUGACACGCGCUACUACUGGGACCUGACCAAGCACAUCUUCCGCUUCUCGCCGGGCUACGACGCCGAGAGCGACGAGUGGGCGGGCAUUCACACCGUCGACGAGAAGACGAGCGUCAAGGGCCACAUCAACCUCGUCAAGUGGUACACCAUCUUUGUGAGGAACGUUGACGAGGCCGAGUUUGCUUGA